AUGGAUCAUUCAACAAAUGCCCGUUCAAUUGGAAGACGGCGAUUAUUCUCAAUCGAGGGUAGCUAUUAUGAAGACAAUCUUCCAGGCGUGGCUGCACCGUUGGAUAGUGAUUAUGAGUUCAGGACAGCAAGAGAAGAUCAUCAGCCUCUAAAUGAAUUGUACAGUCCAACAGAAAAUGACAGGAGUAAAGGAUAUAUUUUUGCCGACGGUGCCAAGAGUAGUUCCGGCAUCUCUUCAAGUUGUUAUACAAGCUCUUCACGGAGUUGCGAGCUUCCAGACUGUGAUCAACAACAAAAAACAACCCCACGAGAGAGGAGAAGGUCCCCCCGAUUAGACGACUCUUCAAUCGUUCCUACACACCGUGCCCAGUUCGAAUUUAUGCCUAGACAUGCUGAUGAAUUGAGAUUAGAUCGUGGGGAUGCUGUGCAUGUAAACGAGAAAUUUAAUGACCAUUGGUGCUUUGGCCUGAAUCUCCGUUCAGGCCAACGUGGAAUAUUUCCUGAAGCUCUAAUUGUUGAAAUAGAUUUGGUGGAUGAGAUUUGUAAAAAGGUUCUUCCUGAAACUAAAAUGAGGUUGGAACGUGAUACUUUUUAUUUGACAAUGCUGGCUUCUGUUGAAGUUGCCCAUCACAAGGGAAACGACAUUUUGGUUCAGGCGAUUAAUAAGGUACAUAUCUUUUGA